GAGGAUCCGGGAAGUCCCGGGUUAUCUGACAGCGCAGCGCUCGGCCGCGCAGGGCGUCGGCUCGGCCCGGGCCCAGCUGCCCCGCGCCCGGCGUGACCAUGCGGCGCCCCCCGCUCUGCUGCCUGCUGCUGACCGCGCUGCUGCUGCCCGCGCCCGCGCAGCGCUUCUCGGCGCUGACGUUCCUGCGGGUAGACCAGGACCGGGACAAGGACUGCAGCCUGGAGUGCGGGGGCUCCCCGCAGAAGCCACUCUGCGCGUCCGACGGGAGGACCUUCCUGUCCCGCUGCGAGUUCCAGCGCGCCAAGUGCAAGGACCCGCAGCUGGAGAUCGCACACCGCGGCCACUGCAAAGACGUGUCCCGCUGUGUGGCUGAGAGGAAAUACACGCAGGAGCAGGCGCGGAAGGAGCUGCAGCACGUCUUCAUCCCGGAGUGCAGUGAGGACGGGUCCUAUAGUCAGGUGCAGUGCCACAGCUACACGGGCUACUGCUGGUGUGUGACUGCCAACGGCCGGCCCAUCAGCGGCACAGCGGUGGCCCACAAGACCCCCCGGUGCCCAGGCUCCGUGACUGAGAAGCUGCCGCAGCGGGAAGGCACGGGGAGAGCAGUCUCCUUGCAAAUCUUUUCCAUUCUGAAUUCAGAUGAUGCCUCAGUGCCUGCGUUGGAGACUCAGCCUCAAGGAGAUGAAGAAGAUAUUGCAUCCCGCUACCCUACACUUUGGACUGAACAAGUGAAAAGUCGGCAGAAUAAAACCAACAAGAAUUCAGCGUCGUCCUGUGACCAGGAGCAGCAGUCAGCCCUGGAGGAGGCCAAGCAGCCCAAGAAUGAUGACGUGGUGGUGCCCGAGUGCGCGCAAGGCGGCCUCUACAAGCCCGUGCAGUGCCACCCCUCCACGGGCUACUGCUGGUGUGUGCUCGUGGACACAGGCCGCCCCAUCCCGGGCACGUCCACCAGGUAUGAGCAGCCCAAGUGUGACCACACGGCUCGGGCAAACCCAGCCAAGACGCGGGAUCUGUACAAGGGCCGUCAGCUCCAAGGCUGUCCCGGCGCCAAGAAGAACGAGUUCCUGACCAGUGUCCUGGACGCGCUGUCCACAGACAUGGUCCAUGCCGUGUCCGACCCCGCCGCCCCUGGCAGGCAGCCGGAGCCAGACCCCAGUCACACGCUGGAGGAGCGGGUGGUGCGCUGGUACUUCAAGGUGCUGGACAGGAAUGGCAGCGGGGACAUCGGUAAGAAGGAGAUGAAGCCGGUAAAGCGCUUCCUCCGGAAGAAGGCCAAGCCCAAGAAGUGCGUGAAGAGAUUCGUGGAAUAUUGCGACGCCAGCAACGACCGGGCGCUGUCGCUGCAGGAGUUGAUGGGGUGUCUGGGCGUCAGCAGGGACGAGGGCAGGGCCAGCGCCAGGCGGCUCCCGACCCCCCGAGGCAGUGUGGACAGCACUUCCCCGAGACAGCCCAGGAAGCAAGGCUGAGCUCUCCCAAGGCUCCCAGCGUGUGGACGACAAUCACCAAAACGCAAUUAAAAACCCAAACCAAAAACAUAGUAUUUGCACUUUGUACUUCAAAUGUAAACCCACUUUGUAGGAGCGAGAUAUUUAAGCAGACGGAUGGGAUCUGUGAGCGGAGCCCGGCUUCAGCGCAUGGUCACGCACGAUGUCUGUGUCCCGGGAGCUUCUAGGACUCGCUGAAGGCGCAUCUGGACAGGAGCUGCCUCUGUGUCCCCUCGGGGCCUCGAAUGAGCUCAGCCCUCAGUGCGCUGUGCUGGUCCCGUGCUGCACCUCCCACCAGCCCCCUGCCCAGGGGAGCAGGCUCACCCUGCCCACCUGCCUUCGAAGGGGAAGCCCUAACAGGUUGUUCCUCGCACCCUGGCACAGAGACCCUCUCUGGGGGUCUGCUUUGCUGUCCCAAGCUUCUGUUUGAGUGGCGCUGGGUGCUCAGAUAGGCCCUGAGGAGGCAGGAUGUCCUGAAUGUCCCUGUCAGGUCGGCUCCAGGGCGCCCCGUCUGCUCUCUCUGACCUGCCGUUUGAGGCUGGCAGGGAGCCCUGAGCAGCCCCUCCAGCCCUUAGCCCUGAAGCUGGGUGGGACCUGGCAGUGGCCUUGUCCAGAGCCGAAAGCCCACCGCAGCCCUCUGUGCUGAGGGACCCUGGCACAGGGCCUUCGGGAGACAGGCUGGGUGGGCCCCCGUGACAGGGGUGCCGCUGGCCCCUGCCGGCUGAGCUCGUCAAUGGCAGCCCAAAGGGCCCUGUCUGGUCAGCUGCCCUUGCCAUAGCCAGCAGGUGACCUUGACAAGGGCAUUUGCAGAUCUGCCCCUCGCUGCUUCCUUCGCUAAACUGCAGAGAAAAGUCCAGUGUUGGGCAGGAGCGAGUGUGUGUCCCACGGAAGCCGGGCUGGCCCAUCCCCUGACCUCGGGCCUUGAGUGAAGUCUGGUUAGGUGGAAAUAAAUGAUGCUGUCGA